UCCGGUAAGCAGGUCUACAGAGACGGCCUUCUAUAAGAACAAGGCGUUGUGGAGCGUCAAGGGCCGCGAUCCAGUGCCUCGGUGUCGGCUGCUUCUGUUCCUUUCAGCUCGUAAGACAUGGAGACUUUUCUAUUCACAUCCGAGUCUGUGAACGAAGGGCACCCCGACAAGCUGUGUGACCAGAUAUCUGAUGCUGUUCUUGACGCCUGCCUCGAGCAAGACCCUGACAGCAAAGUUGCAUGUGAAACUUGCACAAAGACCAACAUGGUCAUGGUCUUCGGAGAAAUCACUACCAAGGCCAAGGUGGACUACGAGAAGAUAGUCCGCGACACAUGCCGCAACAUCGGAUUUGUCUCUGACGAUGUGGGUCUUGACGCUGACAACUGCAAGGUGCUUGUCAACAUUGAGGAGCAGAGCCCUGACAUUGCUCAGGGUGUCCAUGGUCAUUUCACCAAGCGCCCUGAAGAGAUCGGAGCCGGGGACCAGGGUCACAUGUUCGGCUAUGCCACCGACGAGACCCCUGAGUACAUGCCCUUGAGCCAUGUGCUCGCCACAAAGCUUGGUGCCCGACUCACCGAGGUGAGGAAAAACGGGACUUGCCCUUGGGUGAGACCUGAUGGAAAGACUCAGGUGACAGUUGAGUACCACAAUGAAAACGGCGCCAUGGUCCCUAUCCGUGUCCACACGGUCCUCAUCUCCACCCAGCACGAUGAGACCGUUACAAACGAUGAAAUCGCUCGUGAUCUCAAGGAGCAUGUGAUCAAGCCUGUCAUCCCCGAGAAGUACCUCGACGAGAAAACCAUCUUCCACCUUAACCCAUCUGGCCGGUUUGUCAUCGGUGGACCCCACGGUGAUGCUGGUCUGACCGGACGCAAGAUCAUCAUCGACACGUACGGUGGGUGGGGAGCCCACGGCGGUGGUGCCUUCUCGGGCAAGGACCCGUCCAAGGUGGACAGAAGCGGUGCUUACAUAGUCAGGCAGGCUGCCAAGAGCAUUGUAGCCAACGGGCUUGCGCGCAGGGCGCUGGUUCAGGUCUCAUACGCCAUCGGUGUGCCCGAGCCCUUGUCGGUAUUUGUCGACACCUAUGGAACCGGUAAGAUCUCGGACAAGGAGAUCCUCAAGAUUGUGAAGGAGAACUUUGACUUCAGGCCGGGGAUGAUCUCCAUUAACCUCGACCUCAAGAGAGGCGGCAGUGGCAGGUUCUUGAAGACAGCGGCUUACGGGCAUUUCGGGCGGGAGGACCCUGACUUCACCUGGGAGGUGGUCAAGCCGCUCAAGUCGGAGAAGCCUCAAUCUUAAAAAUACCCAUUUGGACAACUGUUCUCUCGAAGUGGUUUGUGUCUCUCACUCAUUCCUAUUCUGAUGUUUUAAAACUCUCUCCGUUCUCUUUUGGUCCGGUUUGGUUCUUUUUUAUAUAUACAAUGUCGUAAUGUACUAAUAAUGGUAAUGAGCUUCUGGCUUAAGUCUCUCUUUUCUUUA